AUGAGCGAGGGGGUGGCCGGGCCGCCGGGUGCCGCAGCUGCCGCCGAGGAGGGGGCGGCGGCCGGAGCCGGGGGCCCCGCGGAGGGCGAUGGGGGCCCCGAUCCCGCGGCCCGCGAGGUGCGCUGCAGCGACUGCAUCGUGUGGAACCGGCAGCAGACGUGGCUGUGCGUGGUGCCCCUCUUCAUCGGCUUCGUGGGCUUGGGGCUCAGCCUGAUGCUGCUCAAGUGGAUCGUGGUGGGCUCCGUCAAGGAGUACGUGCCCACCGAGCUGAUGGAUUCCAAAGGCAUCGAGCAGGACCCCUUCUUCCUCUCCAAGCAGCCCACCACGCCGCCCAAGAGCGUGGACACCACCACCACCACCACCACCACCACGUCCGCCAGCGCCACCUCCAGGACGCCCAACCGCAUCAGCACCCGCCUCACCACCAUGACCAAGGCGCCCACCCGCUUCCCGGGCACCCGGGGCCCCAUCCGGGCCGGCCCGCCGCGAUCCACCACGGCCCGCCACACGGCCGUGCCCCCGACCGUCCUGGCCACCGCCACCUCCGUCCCUUUCAGCACCACCAUCCUGAUCUCCCGCCCGCCGCCCGGCACCCCUGGGACCCAGCCGCUGCCCAUCUGGCCCACUGCGGCAUACACUACCUCCUCCUACAAGACCUAUCUUCAGGACUCGGCUCCCUCCUGGACCUUAUCCCCCUUCCAUGAGGCCAGCAGCACCACUAGUAGUAGUAGUAGUAGUAGUAGUAGUAGUAGUAGUACCACUACACCACACUGUUCAGCAUCCUUGAAGUUCCAUACCACAACAUACUCCACUGAGCAAUCUGAGCACUUUAAGCCAUGCAAAGAUAAGGAUCUUGCAUACUGUCUCAAUGAUGGGGAAUGCUUUGUCAUUGAAACCCUAACAGGCUCCCACAAACACUGCCGGUGCAAAGAGGGCUACCAAGGAGUCCGCUGUGACCAGUUUUUGCCGAAAACCGACUCCAUCUUAUCAGAUCCAACUCACCAUUUAGGAAUUGAAUUCAUGGAGAGUGAAGAGGUUUACCAGCGGCAGGUGCUGUCUAUUUCCUGUAUCGUCUUUGGCAUAGUCAUAGUGGGCAUGAUCUGUGCAGCGUUCUACUUCAAAACAAAAAAAGAAACAAAACAUAUUCAGGAACAGCUGAAAGAGACGCAGAAUGGGAAAACCUAUAGCCUUAAUGCUUCCAGCAUGAUGGCAAAAUCAGAAAGCAGGGCCCAAAGCCGAGUCCAGCUGCAAAACUAUUCAAAGGCAAACAGACAUCCGGAGCUAGUGAUGGAAAAAAUGAUGGAAUCCAGUUUUUCAGGAACUCAAUCCUUUCCCGAAGCCUUGUCUCCCAACAGAGGAAGCCAGGCUACGAAACCACACAGAAGUCUCUCUUCAUGCUGCAGCCCAGGUCAGCGAACCGGGAUGCUCCACAGGAAUGCCUUUCGGAGGACUCCUCCCUUACCUCGGGGCAGGUUCAAUGGUAUUACAGGACCAGCAUACCAACAACUAGAAGAGUCAAGGAUCACAGAUCAGGAUACAAUCCCUUGUGAAGGGUUAUCUACUGGUUUGAAAACACCACAGAGUACUUCGAUAAAUAUGCAACUGCCUUCAAGAGAGACAAGAUCUUACUUCAAUAGUGUGGCUACAAAGGACAUGGUUGGCUAUUCAUCUCCAAGAGCCAAUUCUGUUCCCAUCAUCCCCUCGGUGGGCUUAGACGAAGCCUGCAUGCAGACACAAAACCUUUCAGACCUAACAAGCAUCAAAUGGUGCAAAAACUCCUAUUCCACUGAACUUGUCAAUGUGAGUGCCCCAGCCAGCAGCUGUCUUAUUACAGAACAACAAGAAGUCAAAAUAUUGUUAGAAACUGUCCAGGAACAGAUCCGAAUUCUGACUGACGCCAGGAGGUCGCAGGACUUUGAACUGACAAAUGCCGACACUGAGAACAGUACAAGUGAAAACACAGCAUUUCUGCCCAUGAGUCCUGUGGCAAAGUCGGAGCGAGAGGCACAGUUUGUCUUAAAAAGUGAAACGAAAAGAGACUCAGCAUUGAUCAAGUGA